UUUUUUUUUUGUACAAUAGUUCUCAAGUCAAGUGUCAAUUCCUUUAUUUUGUUAUUUAAAAAUAAAACUAUUCCGUGGAAAAAAGGAUUGGACAUGUAAAUAUGGAAUGAAAUCCACUUGAUCAUACGGAUACAUGGUGUGCGGAGACCAUAACUCAAAACCCCACAACAAACUAAGUCCUCAUCUCGACCACCUUCUCUAUUCUAUAUAAAUGCGUAAACGUGAGUCGGAUUCAGACACAUCACACAUACAAAGUAAAUUAGGUCAAUUUUGUGAUAAGUGAUCAUUAAGUAACAGAGUGAUUAUUAAGAUGGCAUCUUCGACAUUCUAUUCCAUGCUAUUUCUUCUUGUCCUCGUGUUUUCACUUCAUGUGGAUGAAGCUCUUGGUGCUCAAACUAAGAUCCGCAAACUCAAAGAGAUGAUCACGAUGCGGAGGAAUUUGGAAGGCAAUAUUGACUACAGAAGCUCUAAAAGGCGGACUGGAGGGAGUGUAUCAAAUCAAUGCCGCAGUAAAAGUUAUAUCGAGAUCGUCACCACUUAUCUUCCUGAAUCUGAUGAUUCGUCCGCCCCCUGUAUAAAGUGUAACCACGACUAUUGUUAUAGUUGCACCAAGACCAGACAGUGCACACGGUCCACUGGCUCACCCUGGACGUGCACCGUCACCGAGUUGUGUUGCCUUAUAGUAUAUUCAUAGCUUUAGAUUUAUCGGAGGCAAAAUCAAUAAUCUGUUGAACAUUUCUAUAUAUUUUACAUUUGUGAGUUGGAAUCAUAUGUAUACUAUUGUUUUUAUCAAAAUAAUAAUAACAAUAUAUAUAACGUUAUAUAACACUUUUUAUCUAUGACAAUGUCAAAUCUUGAUAUGUAAGUAACAAGGUGAGUCUAGCUAUAUAUAGGCUUGAUCUUCAUAUCUUGGAGACCAAAUCAAAGCACAAG